AUGGAUGAAACACCAAUAUUUUUUGAUAUGGUAGGAAAUACUACUAUUGAAGUAAAAGGAUCAAAAACAGUUGAAAUUCGAAGUACAGAAAAUAACAAAAAUCGUUUUACAUGUGUUUUGACAGUUCUUGCUGAUGGUACAAAACUUCCUCCAAUGGUAAUCUUUAAAGGAAAAUGUCUCCCACCAAAUUUACCAUCUGAAAUCAUAAAAAAAUCAUUAUUGGUUUUGGAUUCUUUCAAAGCACAUAAAACUCCACAAAUAAAACUUGCAUUUAAAGAUGAAAAUAGUAAUUUAGCUGUAACUCCCGGUAGACUUACAUCAAUAGUACAACCAUUAGAUGUUUGUUUAAACAAACCUUUUAAAGAUCGUCUUCGUGUAAAAUGGUGUCAAUGGAUGGCAGUUGGAAAUUUCGAUUUAACCAAAGGUGGUAACAUUAAAAAACCUGGUUAUAAUGUUAUUUGUAAUUGGAUUUUAGAGGCAUGGGAUUCUAUACCAAAAGAGAUGGUUUUAAAAAAUGUGGUUUUUCAAAUUCUAUGGAUGGAAUGGAAGAUCAUAUGA